CUGAUAGGUGAACAAUGCCCUGCAUCAGUUGGCUUCAACAUUACAAGCCGAUCUACUCGAUAUACAACAAAUACGCUAUUAAUAGAUAUCCAUCAUACGUUUACCUGCUCUGGAUAUAUUACUGGAUGGAAAUUUGGCGAUUUCUACAAUAAUAAAUUCUUAGGCCUACAGUUUUGCAAUGUGCGUCAAAAACUACCAGAGUUGGCCGUGUAUACUAUUGUUGACUGCACAACCAUACGAAUGCCGUCCAACUCAUCAGACGGUCGGCAAGUCGUCAAAGAAUUGAGUCCAAAUGAUUGGAUAGCGGUUCAAGCAGGAGAUAGAAUCGGAAUAUAUAUUAAAUAUGGGUACAUUUUGUGCGAUGAGUCAGGUCUUGACGCCGUAAGAUUUCUCUAUCUAUAUAAUAAUAAUUGGGUUCGAAAGGGCGAUGAAUUUGCGUUCAGUGCCUGGUAUACUCGAGCAUAUUCAUUUGCGGCUAUCAUGGAUACUGGGUGUCCAGACCUUUCUUGGACUUACUAUAACAAGUGGUGUUUCCGGUCCAGCAACGUUAAUUCCCAACAAGGUGGCUCUGAUGACUGUUAUAACACGGGGGCCAUGUUGAUGCCUCGAUUUACAGAACUUGUAUUUCUAGAGAAACUUAUUAGUAAUAAUACUCCAGUGUGGACAGAUGAAAUCCACGUUUUAGGAGACGGCAGUAGUUCCUCCACCAGUCUAUGUACAAGUGUCAGUCUGACGGAGAAUGCAGCCGUUUUCCAAAACGUUUCCUGUGACAAGUAUCUGCUUGUUGUCUGCGCCAUUUACUUGAAAGAAGACAAAGGUGAUGUUUAAUUACUUAUUUUAAAUUAAUCAGAAAUUUUUAUAAUACAGUACAUUACAAUUACGAUUUUCAUUAUAUAUUAUUGUUUUUAUUUAUCAAAAGUACAUUACAUUACAGUAUUAAAACAAUAUUAGCAGACAAUGAUAAUGAUGAUGAUGAUGACGACGACGAUGAUGGUGACGAAUGAUAAUACAAAUAAUAUUAAAAUGGAUUUAUAUUACACUAUUACACACAUAUCCAGAAAUCAAACUCACACAUAGAAUAAAUAAUGUACAGGACUAAAGAAUUUGCAGAAUUAUAGUUUUGGGUUUUGUUUUUCCUUUUUCUUUUCCAUUAACUAAGCCCUCAUUUUUAGCAUCCGCUGCUUCAGCAAUAUAUCUAGAAAAAUACGUUCACGUAGGCAACCGAUUUCUUGAUUAAUGCAGGAAAAUGCACUCUAGCUACGCGACUACUAUGUAUUGGUAAUAGCAAUGUAUAUUAUGUUUAAUAAAACUGGAUUUUUAUAACAUUCAUCAACAUAUAAUUAUUUUCCAUAUGUGAAAUAAUUUUCUAUGUUGUAUGUUAUCAAAUAUCAUUAUUCACUUUACAGUAUGUUUAAUUCAAUGUUUUUCUAUCAUAUAUGUUAUUUGUAAAAUGUUUUAUGUGGUCAACCCCUAAACGUAUAAAAUCUAUAUUUUAUAUAUAUAUAUGAAUGAUUCCCUCAUGUUUCAUAUGUAUUACUCUAUGUUUUUCCCCACGACAAAUGUUGGUAAUAAUACUAAGAGAUUUUUAUGAAUAAUGUGUUUUGAUUAUUUUUUAACAUUGAAUUAUUUUAUGUUUACAAACUACAUUUUUUUCCUCCAAUCAGGUUUCACAAAAUGGUAGUGCAGUAAUAUUAAGUAAUGAUGUCAUUUGAAUUUUUAAGUUGUGUCAACUGACGUACGACACUACAUGUGAUAAUAAUUGAUCUAUGUUGGUGCACGAUGGACAAUUUUUAACUUUUGUUCCUAUUUAAUAAUCUGGACAGGGCUUUAUGUAGUACAGUGCUUUGAAUGCUACUGUUGAAUGAUAAAGAUCCUAAUGUUGAUCAAAUGCAUUAUCAUUGUCGUAUUAUUUUCCACCUUCUCCACAAAUACCAAUAUAAUCAAAAAUUUACUGUGUGCAAAUUUAAAAUAUGAUCAUAUAUAAUAUAUCUAAUAAUUGCAAUUUGCUUUCUCUGAGGUACACAAUAUUGACUUAUGGAUACAACAACACUUGAGUGUGCGGAAAUGAAGAUGAUGUCAAUCAGCAUGUGUUAAUAUUCAAUCAAGAUGAGAACUAAAGGAUGACAAACUUUUGGACAUAAAUCUGAUAAAUUUUAAUUCAACAUAUACUAAAUGAACUUUUCACAGCAAUUAAUAAGUCCCAAGUUUGAUAGGAUGAAAUAGAGGGCGUUAUCAUCUCGCUUCUGAUGUAAAUACUCUUGUCCAUUAAAACUGAAUGUUAUUGUUGAA